CCUUUAGUUACCAGUCGUACAAAUUUGUACGAUUUUGGCCCUGACAGCCAUUUUGAAUUAUUAAUAUCAGACCUGGUUACUCAGGCAGGAGCUGAGUGUAUUAUGGGAAAGUUAAAUGCUUGGCAUUCAUUUUGAAAUCGUUUUCGAGUAGUUUUAGUGACUUCAACAGCGUUUUUGAAAGGGAAGGAGACAUUUGUUGUGUACGUGGCUUUUAAAAAUGGCGUCCGGAAGUAUUCCUCUAGCUGAGGUGAUAAGAAAAUGUGUUAGAGGUGGUUCCGAUGAUGAAAACUCCGAUGAAAGUGAAGGUGACAUUUCAGAAUGGAGUGAGGAAAGUGAAGAAGAUUUAGGUUAUGAGGAACGAGAGGCUUCUGGCAGCAGUGAGCACAAUUCAGAUGCGAGUGAAGGUUAGCAUUUCAGUGUUUUUCUUUGAAAUUCAAUGAUUUCAAGACGUUUUUACUUGUUCUUAGCGGAUAUGAUUUGUUCAUUGCUUUCUUUAUAUUUUUUGAAACUAUAUUCUUUAUCUUUCGUUUGUUUACAGUGGAAAAUGACCCUGCAAGAUCCAGAAGUCCUCUACAAUCCAGAAGAGGUCGUGGAAGAGGAGCUGUUCGCCGCGGGGAUGGAAGAAACAGAAGAGGCAUAGCUCCAGUAAACCGUGCAAGGGGCAGAGAUGUAAAUCCACCCUUCAACUGGAACUCCACCUAUCAAGCUCAAGCACCUCCUCCUUUCAAUGAGCCUUAUCCUGGACCUAUGAGUAGGUUUCAAAAUAAUGCGCAGGAAAAAGUUUAUUUUGAACAUUUGUUUGAUGAUGAAAUGUGGGAGAUGAUAGUUUCUGAAACCAAUCGCUAUCAUGAACAGCAGAAGGCUUCAGACCCAGAUCACCACAAAACACAAUGGCAGCCAGUGACAAAAGGUGAAGGGCAAGCUUUUGUUGGUAUUCUUAUUCUUAUGGGUAUCAUAAGACUACCACGCUUCUUGAUGUACUGGGAGUCAGACCAACUGACUCACCAGGAGAGCAUUGCAAACAUUAUGCCAAGAACACGUUUUUUUCAAAUUUGGCGCUAUUUCCACUUGGCGGAUAACUCUAAAGCAGCAGCCCCAGGUAUGGAAGGAUAUGAUAAAGUCUACCGAGUCCGGAAGUUCCUCUCAGUAGUUAGUAGAAAUGUCGAAAGGGAGUACAGGCUGUCAAGAGAUAUCUCUAUAGAUGAGACUAUGGUCCCCCACAAAGGACGUCUUAGUUUCAAACAAUAUAUAAAAAACAAACCCACCAGGUGGGGGAUAAAAUUGUGGGUUCUUUGCGAGGCCGAGACAGGCUAUGUGUACAGGUUUCAAGUUUACUUGGGUAAACAAGAAGGAAACCCUGAAACAAGUCUUGCAAGAAGAGUAGUACGUGAUCUUACUAUUACAGAGCAUGACAGGAAUCACCAUCUAUAUAUGGACAACUUUUAUUGUGAUCCUUAUUUGUUCAAGGAACUGUUAGGUAAAAAUAUUUUUGCCUGUCGUACAGUGCGACCAAACCGCAAAGGAUUUCCUAACGUGACUGUCAUCACCAAGGCAAGGCAAAGAAACAUGAGCCGAGGUGAAUAUUUAUGGCGCUGUGAUGGCCAUCUUGUUGCCAUGGGUUGGCUGGACAAGCGGCCAGUGUAUUUGUUGUCUACAGUUCAUCCACCAUCCACAGAUGUGCCAACAACUAUCCCUCGUAGAGAGGGUAGAGGCCAAAGACAACCCCUUCCAUGCCCCCCAGCCCAGGUGGAUUAUCAAAAAUUCAUGGGUGGAGUCGACCUUGCAGAUCAGAUGCUGAAGUCAUUCUCUGUUAUCAGGAAAUCACACAAGGCAUGGAAAAAGCUUUUUGGAUAUGGUCUUGAGGUCUGUCUAUUGAACUCCUUUAUUAUUAUGAGAAAAGCAAAUCCUGCUUCCAAGCAACAAUUUCUGAGGUUCAGGAUAAACAUUGCUCGACAGCUGAUUGCAGGGCAAUCAUUUCGUUCUAGAAUUGGCCGGCGCAUUUCUCAACAACUCUCAGAGGUUGACACAUUACGUCUCAAUGGGAAAUAUCACCCUCUGGAGUUUACUGAUAGCAGAAGAGACUGUGUUGUUUGUGCUAAAGUUGUUAAAGUGCAGGGGCUUCAUAGGAAUGAGCGAUCGAAGUCUGCAGUGCAGUGUGAAGUUUGUAAAGUUCCACUUUGUGUCAACAAGCAGAAGUCUUGUUGGAAUAUGUGGCACACCAGAGUGGAAUACUGACUAAAUGCUUAAGAUCAGAACACAAUCAUGAAUUCUCA